UUUCAUCUCUGUACCAAAUGCCCAAGGGUUGCUUCCAGCCCUUGGGUGUAUGCGCUUUGGGAAUUUUCAGUCAGUUCUCAGAGUGUAACGCCAACUGACUUGCUCAAGGCCAAGCCAGAUAAUUUUUUCUCCUCCUCCUCCUCCUUCUUAUUUUAAAGAUAAGCAACUUUGUUUUCUCGGCAAAACCCACCCACUUGUUUUCAUUUCUGGCUUUCUCUCAUCUCCAGCUAGUGAAGGCAGAGCAUGUGCCCAGGAGAAGACCACCCUGGGCAGUGAGGACCAUCCUCUUUGGAACUGCGGUUGUAGCUGCCAAGGAGUAGCCAACAAGCACCAGAUUUAUGUGCACUUUGAAAGAAGCACCUUUACCAUUGGCUUUUUGAGCGGCGCUGUCGCUAGGGAGCGAGCACCGCCUCGGGGAGCAGCCUGGGCACUGGCUCCUGGCAGCCCCCGAGCAGGGCGCACACCGUGGCGCGCUUUGGGCGGCUCCGCGCGCUGUCGCCCCUGCGGCCGGCGCUGUCCCCCAGCUCGGCUUCCAGAGGCGCUGCACAGACUCUCGCCUCUGGCCACCGGCUCCUACUGCUGCCGCCCAGAGGACAGACGAGCCUCUGCCUGUGAUUUCCCCACGGCGCGGCGCUGCGGAAAGCGGAGCGGGUGGGCGCGAGCUGCAGGACGCGAUGGAGUUCUCCCCUCGCCUCGGAGUUGCCUGAGUUAGUAGAGCCUCGCGGGGUUCCCUGCUCCCUGCUCCCUGUUUCCUUCGGGCUCGCGGCUCAUCAUUCACUCGGUUGCUGCCCACCCACCGCUGUGCCAGGGAGCCCAGGCUCCAAACCUCCUGUCCCGGGUACAUUUGGGGGCAAAGGAGGGCUAUACCCAGCCAAGGCGCACUGUCUUCUCUCCGCUGACCCAUCUUUUUCUCCAUGGCGUCUCGUCAACAAACCCGAAUCCAGGCUUACCUGGAGAAAAACAAGAUCGGUCCUCUGUUUGAGGAAUUAAUGACCAAGCUAAUCACUGAGACACCUGACCAGCCAAUCCCAUUUCUCAUUGACCAUCUUCAGUCUAAGCAAGGGAGCCGAGGACAACUGCAAAGAACUUUGUCUGGGUCAGCAGCUCUCUGGGCAGAAAGUGAAACCUCAGCAGAACCCAAAGGAACAAGAAGGGAUUUCAGAAGCUAUGAUAAACCCUGGCAGUUGAAUGCAAAGAAGCCUAAAAAAUCAAAAAGCGACCUUGCUGUGUCUAAUAUUUCUCCUCCAUCACCAGACUCCAAAUCAUUGCCAAGGUCAGUAGAACAUCCUAAGUGGGACUGGCGGACUAAACCACAAAGCCGUGAUUUUGAUGAAUUGAACCACAUCCUUCAAGAGAGCAAGAAGCUGGGGAAAGCCCUUGAGAAUCUCUCUCGAAGUAUUGCACUUUCAGAUGAACUUGAUAAGGAGACAGUGGCUUUCAACUCCUCUCUUCUGAGACCCCGCGUGAUUGGGGAGUGGAUUGGCAGAGCGGAAAACGAUGCUGAUCCCCUGGCAGCUGAAAUGCUGCAGCCCCCGGUUCCAAGGAGUAAGAACGACCCAUGGGAAACCGAAGACAGCGGCUCCAGCCCGGCAGGAAGCUUAAAGAUGGAGCCCAAGACUAAAGGAUUAAAACAGCAGCAGCAGCAGCAUAAGAAACUUCUGGCUGCGAUGCUUUCCCAGGAUUCCUUCGAGUCCAUCCACAGCCCCACACCAUCUGUAAUAGAGGAAGACAUCGACAAUGAAGACGAUGCAAUGGAGUUGCUGGAAGAUCUGGAUGACCUGAGAAUGGAGGGUGUAACCACCCUGGUACUUUCGGGGAGCAAAUUUAACCAAGGUCGUCCUACUCAUCCUGCUGAGCCACAGGCCAAAGUCACACUGAACAUCUGUUCAAGGUGUGCCAGGCUUCAAGGAGACAAUCUGAUGGAAAGGAUAGAAGACACACUACAGCCAUUUCAUUCUCCAGAGGAGAUAAUCCCAGAUUCAUUGGAUUCUUUACCUGGGGCUGAAGAAACUCUCAUGGAGGAAGGUGAAGAUUUCGAGAAAACACCAAAAUUAACAGAAUCUAUCCAGGAUGCCAGUAAAGCUGCUAGAGCCGGGGUCCUACAGCAGGGAGAAGACUCCAGUGGAGGACACUCUUUGAAAUCCUACAUGGAGGAAGAUGAGUCUCUAAAGCAAUUGCAGGUUGUGCAUCAACCAUGGCUCUUGCCGAGUGACACAGAAAGUGAAGGAGUUGAAGCAGAGCAGGAUAAACGUUCUGCUGAUCUUCUUUGUGUCCCAUGCUCUUCUUGUCCUACCCUGAUCUACUCCGGUCUAUCUGUGAAACAGGCAAAAGACGUUUCAAGUGGUCCUUAAGGAGACUGUAGCUGACUGAAUCCUUACAAAUAGUCCCAAUUUGAAGUACUAUAUGAAAUCUCUAAAGAAAUAUUAUUUUUCUAAUAUAAACAAUAAACAAGCACUCAUGUAAUGAGGGUAUGCACCCAUCUAUAGUCAGAGAAUGGUAAUUCAGGCAAAGUGGUCUAGUGGUCAUGGAAUCUGAUACCUUUUGAUCUGGUCAAUGUCUUGGGUUUAUGUUACCUUACAUGUAGUUAUUACAAUUAAUGUUUGAUAUAGUAAGUAUUGCCUGAAUCAAAUAUUUAAAAUUUUCUGAAUCUUAACUUAGCUAGGAUUUUCUACCUCUAUUUUUAUAAUAGCAUCUUAUCUUUUGGAUUAAUAAGCAUUAUACUUGCCCACAUGUGCCAAGAUACAGUUCUAGUCCUAGUUGGCAGUUGACUGUGUGUCAUUAGCCACAGAGACAGAAACUCUCUGCACCAGAAAGAAAUGUUUUCCCCACCACUGCCCCGACAUGAUUAUAUUCCCCAUUCUUACUAAAACAAGACUAUUACUUCAGCAAGACAAAACAACAAAUAAUGAAAUGCAUGCCCUCAGAGCACUUGCAAGGAAAAUCACUGAUCAUUUAUGCAAUUACUAAGCCACAUUAAGAUUAUUCAGUUUAAAUCUGAUGUCUGCUUACUUUUGGAAUGUGCUAUGUGUUGAUUCUAAAUGAAUUGAUCUCAGUCAAUCUAUUGACUAUAUCUGCUAUCUUUUAUCUUAUUUGUCUUAAUGCAAAUUUUUUGGUGGACUUUAAUCAAUUAAGGCUAAAUUAUAAAACUCCUCAUAUAGCUAUAAAGGAAACAAUUGUUAAAGACUAGAAAAUAGCUAAGGAAUAAAUGAGCAGUUUCUGACUUCUGAAUUAAGUCAUAUUCAUAAAUAUAAAUAGCAAAAUUAUGUUAUAUAAUAAAUUUUCUUACAUCAUU